AUGCCGGCACGUCUGUACAACAACGAGAUUAUCGACGUACUCGAUUCCGAUACAGAACUUCAGAGAAGCUUAAAACAGGAUAUCAUAGCUCAUGAUCGUAAAGCCACCCAGCUACGGUCUGAGUACAACUCUCUCCUGCCGAUCGCGAGGAUACCCCCGGAAGUUCUCCUGGAGGUCUUUCUCUUCCAAGUAGCGAUGGUCCACGAAGACGCAACCUCACAUCCGCCUGAAGACGACCUCGCCUACCAGUGUCACAGCCCGUAUUACAGAUGGAUGAACGUCUCUCAGGUCUGUGGCCGCUGGCGCGAAAUCGCGCUGAACUGCACCUCGCUCUGGACUUGGCUCGCCCUGGAUCAACGCGCGUGCUGGGAAUUUCCCAAGAUGAUCGUUGAACGCUCUCGAGGCUUUCCACUGGACGUCAUGAUCAGCAUCACCAACCCGUAUAACCAUUGCUCCCCGUGCAUGGAUACGGAAGACCACUUUCACAGGGCGGGCCUUGCCCUGGACCUGCUGGCGGAGCUCGUCCCUUGCACCCGAGAGUUGGUCCUUUUCGUGGACAAGGAAGAGCCGGACCGCACGUGGGACUCGCUCACUCAACCAGCAGAGCUCCUCGAGUACCUCCGGCUCGAGGCGCACGAUUACCUCCGAUUCUCGAUGAAUGCCACGGGUCCCGCAAAUGCAGCUCUACCAACCGUGUUGUUCGCCUCCAAGACCCCGCGUCUUCACUCGCUCGCAGUCGUCGGGUUCGAUUUCGAGUUGAACAGCUCCCUCCUGCAGCCUGGACUACGCCACCUAGAGAUCACGGCGUGCCUAUGCGGAACGUUGGGGCAGCAGUCCAAUCUCGGGGACUUCUUGGUCGCGUUGCGUGCGCUGCCCCAUCUGGAGACCCUCAAGCUGGACUGGUCUGUGAAAGCACUCGCAGUAGACUCUUUCGAGCCCGUCCAUCUCCGUCGACUCAAGCUGCUGCACCUUGCCGCCGACGCCAUCCCCUCCCAAUUCAUUCUCAACCAUCUCCGCCUCCCGCGCAACGCGACGGUGCGAUACGAAUCCCCGAAUACGAACCUAACGCUCCAGCAUUUCGAGGUGCUCGGACAACUCUCCGCGUCUUUGCUCGACGGGACCACGCCUCGCGCAGUGUGGUUUGGGCCGACCUGGCCUAGCCCUAAACGCGAGCCGCUACCAUAUCCGAACGCCUCCUGUCGCGUUUGGGUCGCAGACAAGCGUGCCUCGAUCGCUGGUACUCCCCUGGAGUCGCCUUGGACCACUUUUCCCUCUCCUCAACCUCGGCUGAUCGUAGACAGUCACAUCCCCAUGAUAGUAGACCCCAUGGUACCCAGUGCCCUGCGCGGUCUGGAUUUCUCUGUCGUGCACACGAUCUGUCUCGAGGACUUCGCGGUCGGGAACAAGUGGGCGCGCGUGUUCGGGAAAGCGCAGGGCGUGACGAGCCUACGAGUGCUUGGGGAAGCCGCCUUUGGUCUGCCUGCUGCGCUCGCCCGUGGGGUUCCGGAGGAUAUCGCGCCGUGGGACCAGGGUGGAUUGGUCGCAAACGAGUGGCAUUGGGUGGACUUUGCCGACGAUACCCAGGAAAUGCUCUUAGACGAAACGGAACAGCAUCCGGCCGCAUUCUCGGGCGCAGGCGAGGACGUAGCCAUGGCUGAUGCAGAGGAGACUCAGGGCGCGGCGCAUGGUCUCGAUGGCGGCGGCGAGGACUCUAUCCCUCCCCUCUUCCCGCGCCUCGGCACGAUUGUGUUCGUUGGCGUAAACUUCGCCGCGCCCUCGAGCACAAACGCGCACCCGGACGUGCACAUUCCAGUGAGCGUCCGCAUGGAAUACCAGGCCAAGGGCGCGAAGUACGGCUUCAACCUCGCGGCUUUCCUCAAGUGCCUUCGAAUCCGACGUGCACAGGGCGCGUCUGACCUUGUUCGCGUGGAGUUUGAAGACUGCCGCGGGGCGGAUGUGUCCCAGCUGAUGUCUCUUACUCAGGUGGGUGGCAUGGAGGUGUGGUGGGAUCGAGAACGCUUGAAUGGGUAG